AGGGAGGAGAGACAGAGACACAGGGAGAGACAGAGACGGGGGAGGAGGGGUGAGGGACAGGAAAGGAAGAGAGAGAGACAGAGAGAGGGAGAGAGAGAGGGAGUCGGGCGCAGGAGAGAGGGAGAGCUCGGAAGGGAGGAGGGAGGGAGACCGAGGGAGGAGGCGGCGAGGAGCGCGCCGGCCGCGGCCGCGGGGGGGGGGGGGGGGUUGGAAAAAUGACUCAGUAAGUUCAGCGCGCCCGCUCCGGCCGGCCCUGAGCCUCCCGCCGCGCCCGGGAUGUAUUCGUCCCCGCUCUGCCUGACCCAGGAUGAGUUCCACCCGUUCAUCGAGGCGCUGCUGCCUCACGUCCGCGCCUUCGCCUACACCUGGUUCAACCUGCAGGCGCGGAAGCGCAAGUACUUCAAGAAGCACGAGAAGCGGAUGUCGAAGGACGAGGAGCGCGCGGUGAAGGACGAGCUGCUGGGCGAGAAGGCCGAGGUCAAGCAGAAGUGGGCGUCGCGGCUGCUGGCCAAGCUGCGCAAGGACAUCCGGCCCGAGUGCCGCGAGGACUUCGUGCUGGCCAUCACUGGCAAGAAGGCGCCGGGCUGCGUGCUCUCCAACCCCGACCAGAAGGGCAAGAUGCGCCGCAUCGACUGCCUGCGCCAGGCCGACAAGGUGUGGCGGCUGGACCUGGUCAUGGUCAUCCUUUUCAAGGGCAUCCCGCUGGAGAGCACCGACGGGGAGCGCCUGGUCAAGGCGGCGCAGUGCGGCCACCCGGUGCUCUGCGUGCAGCCACACCACAUCGGCGUGGCGGUCAAGGAGCUCGACCUCUACCUGGCCUACUUCGUGCGCGAGCGAGACGCGGAGCAGAGCAGCAGUCCCCGGGCAGGGAUGGGCUCCGACCAGGAAGACAGCAAGCCCAUCACACUGGACACCACCGACUUCCAGGAGAGCUUCGUCACCUCCGGUGUGUUCAGUGUCACUGAGCUCAUCCAAGUGUCCCGGACACCAGUGGUGACUGGAACAGGACCCAACUUCUCCCUGGGGGAGCUGCAGGGGCACCUGGCGUACGACCUGAAUCCAGCCAGCACAGGCAUGAGAAGAACGCUACCCAGCACCUCCUCCAGUGGGAGCAAGAGGCACAAAUCCGGCUCGAUGGAGGAAGACGUGGACACGAGCCCUGGCGGCGAUUACUACACCUCGCCCAGCUCUCCCACGAGUAGCAGCCGCAACUGGACGGAGGACAUGGAAGGAGGCAUCUCAUCCCCAGUGAAGAAGACAGAGAUGGACAAGUCACCUUUCAACAGCCCAUCUCCCCAGGACUCGCCUCGUCUCUCCAGCUUCACCCAGCACCACCGGCCCGUCAUCGCCGUGCACAGUGGAAUCGCCCGGAGCCCACACCCGUCCUCGGCCCUGCACUUCCCCACAACCUCAAUCCUGCCCCAGACGGCCUCCACCUACUUCCCGCACACGGCCAUCCGCUACCCGCCUCACCUCAACCCCCAGGACCCGCUCAAAGAUCUCGUCUCGCUGGCCUGCGACCCGGCCAGUCAGCAGCCUGGACCGUUAAAUGGAAGUGGCCAGCUCAAAAUGUCCAGUCACUGCCUUUCCGCUCAGAUGCUGGCACCCCCGCCCCCCGGGCUGCCGCGGCUGGCGCUCCCCCCUGCCACCAAACCCACCUCCGAGGGAGGAAGCUCGUCGCCGACCUCGCCCUUCCUGGUAUCUGGGAUAAGAAAGAUUUCUUCCCACACCCUGCUCCUUCGUCCUGGGAAUCCUGGGGGUCCGCAGCGCCAGCCCCCGGCCCACGUUUUCGGUGGAAAGCUAGAGCAAGCAAGAAUACCCUGCCGACUCCCAGCGCGGCUGAAAGACAAAACACACAGACACAUACACACAGAAGAAAAAACAGAAAAAAAGAAAGAAAAGAGGAAAAAAAAAAAGACAAACCGGAAAAAAAAAACCAUGCAUAAAAAUAAACCCACCCAACCAAGAAGGCAGAAGGUGAAUAUGGCAACGCUUCGGACUCUCGGGACGCCGCGGCCAGACGGACUGGACCGGAGAGCCCGGCCCCGCCAACCCUCAGAGCCGGCGCGCCUUCCUAAGUUAUUCAUCUCCUCUCGCUGCUGCUCUGGAAGGGCCGGCACCGCUCCCGCCUCCGCCCAGGACCAGGUGAGCGCAGCCUGGUGCCCGUGCCCAGCCGACGGGGCAGGACACCCAGCGAGGCCACCUCUCCCCAUGCCCCUGCUGCCGCCGCUGCCAGGACGUCGGCCAGGCCCCCGCGACAGUGUUUGCCAAGUGGAAAGGCAGGACCCCAGCAGCGGGCAGCCAAGGCCAGCAGGGUGGUUGGGGAAGCGACAAGGGCAGAAGAGGGUUGUGGGGAGACCCCGGGCGUGGCCAGGGAGCUGGGAUGCGUGGCCUGUGCUCUCUCAAGAGUGUUCUGCGCUUGUGGACCUCUGCCUGCCCCAGAGCGUGCUGGGGACUUGUUCUUUCUGGAAGCCCCACGCCUGCCCGGUUUGGGAGAAGUCUCUAUGCAAACGACCCCCAGCCCCACCCCAGGCAUUGGAGGCCACCCCAUGGCACCCCAGCCCCGGCCAGCUCCACACCCCCGGGGAGGGCUCCGCGUUGCACACACUGUAAGAGAUGCACUUUCCGAGGAAGGGGCUGGGGGCGGUGGAGCAGAGAGACCCGGAGCUCCCCGAGAUGGGGGCACCCCUCUGGACUCUCCAUCCACCCAAGCCCUGAAAGGGGAGGACCCCCCACUUAGCCCAUGGAGGUGGGAGGUGAGAGCGAGUGGUUUAAGUGCCUGAUUCCCACCGCCCGCCCCCCUCCCCUUUGUCCAGCUGGGACGCGAGUGGCCGUGGGCAUCCUCCACCCUCCUCCCCUGCAACCCGGCCCCCUCCAGUCACUGACCCCUCAUUGCUGUGCGCCCCCUCAGAGCUAGAGAGAUGGGACCCCCCCACCCCCCGAGCAGACCCAGGGGGCAGAGCUGGGCAUCCCCCAAGCGUCCUGCCGUGUGGGGGUGGGACCUGGGGAAGCCGAUGUGCCCCCUCCCCACGCCUCCUCUGCCAGUGCCUUACAUUCUGGAGCGACACCCCCUCCCUGGUGCCUCUCGGCCCACAGGGGGACCACGGUUUGCACUUUCAUCUCCCCUCCGAAGUGGGCACAGCUGGGGAGGUGCAGUGC